UACAUACAAGGACAGUACAGAGGUUAAGAGCUUGAAUGUGAAGUGAUAGUGAUACUUCUGAGAGCCGUGCGCCGUUCACCGAGACACUAUAGCCAAGACACUCCUCACACGGUUGGGGGGUUGGCUGGAGGGGGUGCGUCCCCCCAUGUCCGGCCAUGCAGGGACCCCCGUCACCGCCCCCCACUCAGGUGAUCACGCCUCAGCCGCAAGGUCGCACACAAUGCCGAAAGCAAACUCCAGUUCAUCCAGUCCUGCGUUUAGCUCUCUACUCAUGGGCUCCACCAUGGCGAAAGCAUCCAGCUCCUCUAAACCUAAAGUCAACACUCCUUCUAUUGAUGUGUCCAUACCUCCCUUGAAACUCCCACCCAAUGUACAGAAAACUACUGUCGAUGCUGUUGAAAUCCAAGACAAAGAAUAUUCUGUUCAGGAUGAGCAAACAGAAAAAAGCGUACUGCAGUUACAAGAAAACGAGCUAUCAAGUCCGCGCGCUUCGAUGACAAAAACAUCCGAACCUUCUUUGACUUCUGAAGACACCAUCAUAAAAUGCGGCACCGUCAGUAAUGCCAAUAAAACCACCAAACAGUUCUCCGGCUACGAAAAAACCUCUGCAUGUUCACUAGAGCCGCAAAAUGACUCAAACGAACUUCAAGUUGAGGCAGCCGCAACAUUCGACCACAAUGCAAAGGCUCCACGACACAUCAAAGAACCCCAAGAGAAUGUUUCACUCUCUAUUCUAGCCAAAACUGACGUAGGCAACAUGUCGGAUGAGGAACUGGAAAGAGCGCUGGCAGCAUUUGAAGAUGAAGCUAAUGUAUGUCAUGAUGACGAUGACGCUGCAGUCUACCUGCAGGAAUUGGGCAUCAACUUCGGACUGUCGGGCAGGUCCAGCAGAAGCAGAAUCAGCUCUCGCACCAAGCUGGGCCCUGGCAUACAAAGAGUGCUGAGGUCGCCGCGCUGCGGCUCGAGCAGCGGCUGGAGCGCGGCCAGUGCGUCGGCGCGGCGUAACUCGACCAAGACGCUGGUGGAGACGUCGCUCCAUCUCAGCAAGAGGGACGACGGCGCCCACAUGUACAGACUCUUGUCUGCCAAGCGCAACCACAUUCAGGAGCUCAGCAACGACGCAGUCUGCCUCCAAAAAAAGAUCAAGGAACUGGAGGACAAGAACAGGCUACUCGUGCGCCUGUGCAAGCGCCAGGAGGCCGAGCUACGCAAGUUCCACGAAGCAAGGUCCGAGCUGCCGCAUCUGCUCGAAGCACACAAGAUGGAGAUCCUCGUGCUACAGGACAGACUUCGCAAGUUAACUGAGGCACAUCGUCGCGAUACAUCAAAGCUUCGUCAGCAAGAAGAGCGGCUCUUCAAGACGAGUGAAGAGACAACGCGAUUGAAGGAGCUGACGAAGAAACGCAACCUGCCUGAACGUGAGGAACUCAACCGGAAACUGUGCGCCACUCAGUGCUCUCUCGCAGAAAAACAACAAGAAGUUGAUAGCCUUCAAAAGCGACUAGCAUUGGUCGAGAAGAGCAGUCGUCAACAGGUGUCGGCAGAAGAAGGUCGACACCGCGCCACGACCAGGCGGCUUCAGGCACUGCGGCGGGACCACAGAGCGCUGCAAAAAACUCUGCAGGAGCGCGACAAGGAGUUGGCGGCAGUUCAGCACUACCGCAGUCGUGCUAUGUCAGCUCUGAACAGCAAAGGCGCUCGCGGUUCUACUUCAAACUUGUCUACGUCAUCUACGACUGGAUUCUCUUCCAUGCACAUGUCAUCUGCUUCAUCGCGAUCUACUUCGCUCUCGGCGCAUCCAGGAGGACGAGCAAUGAACGCAUCAACCAAAGAUGGGUCAUGCACGGACCAGGAGGCCGGCGGCUGUUCCGUGGUGCAGUCUGACGCAGAGGGUCGAGGAACAGUAACGAGAACCAAAUCGGGACGAAUGUUGCCGCCAAUUAGCGGCGAACAGCAGCGUGGAAUGGCAAUGUCCGAAUCCUCCAAGGAGAAACGCUUUAAUCACGAUAAAUACCACCAAGAAGGAGCGACAACACGUCAGGUGGGUCACAGCUGGCACAGUCAGUGGUGGAGCCGCAGUCAAGAGGAAGACAGUCAGACUUACAUGAUAUUAUCUUCACCAGAGCCUCUCUCCUCUACGUCUCCCAUGUCUGGUAAUGACCAUCACUCACCGACUCGACUUUCUAAGUCAGCCGCAGCACCUGGAGUAUUGCAGCUCUCCUUGGAUCAGGCAGUUAACUCCAUGCGUAUAGACAACUCCCAAAUACUGUACAAUCGACUCAACAGAGCCAACAUGCCAUCCAAUACAUUGCACGGCGUUCAGUGCCCAGCGCACGGCCUGACGAGGAAAACAACCUACAAUCUUGAAUUGCAUGAGGUUCGGUGUUCCUGUGAUGAAUAUAAUGAUCAUUAUGGAGACGAAAGUCAGGACUGUGAUCUAGAAUGCCUCUGUCGAAAACAUGAAAACACUUCUUCGUUCGCAUCUCAGCCGAAUAACAGCUUUUUCAGCAAUCAACAAACACAAAAUGCAGUGUGUCCGGUUGAAUUUGCAGCACGUCAAGUAGAACAACUCAGUAUUGAUGAUCAUACUCCGAACGCUAUUGGUAUAGCGCAACGUUCUACAUUGUCGUCAACACCAGAAGAAUGUCAUGAAGAAAUGUCAACGGAAGUCCCAGUCGACCGUAAAUGCUCGUGUGGAGCGAAGGCAGCAUCACCACAAUUGGUUGGCUCGAUAGCUGUCGGAUCCAGGGCAGAGUUUCAGAAGCAAGCUGAGGAUAAGAACACUGAUGCAGAUAGAAAAGACAGUAAUACGAGCAACAUCACUGACGUGAGUUGCCUAACUACAACCAGUGAUGCGAGCAAAAUAAGCGACGUCACUGAGCAUAGCGCUCCUACCACGAGUGGCACCUCAGCAGCUUAUGUGCGAAGAAGAUCAAGCGCUACUGAUCAAUUCUCACUAAUUGAAAAAUAUCCCCCCAAAGAGAGGAGGAAGCUGCAGAAAGAGGUCGGCAAUUUCAGUGCUGGCUCGGAUACCUCGGGAAGUGGGCCAUCGCCACCGCCAGUGAGGGGCGUACCUAACUCCGCAGCUCGCUACCGGCCUCCGCCGUCUGCUAAACUGUCUCGACAGAACUCGGUUGGUCUUGGUGACAUCUUGCGUCACAAGCACACGGUUUCGCUCACGCAUCUCGAUACUAAGAAUCAAGCUGCGAAAGUGGACGAUCGGGCUGCUAUUACUCCAUAAUCACAGAGUUCUUCAUCGCCGUCUCUGAACAUAUCCAACAGCUGUAAUUAUUAUGUAAAUUAAAGAAUUUUCAAUUUCCAGGAAAUUUGAGACGAUUACUAUAGAUUAAUAAGGAAGAGACAAGGAAAAUUCAGAAUUGAAAUCCAUUACUUCGUUAUAAAAGCGACUGAAAAAAUGCAGAAUCGGGACCAAAUCGCAAGCAAGUCUCCUGCGACUUUUCUAGAGUAAGUUACUCUUGUUCAUUCCUUAGCGGAAUGAAAUUAGAGCUUAGUAUUCAAGACAUUAAAAUUGAUUCCUUCUCAUUAUUAACUUAAUGAGCCAAGGAGUCAAAUGAGAAGUUAUGUACUUAUUAUUUCAAUUCGGAUGAGCAGUUGAAAAGUAGUAAUUACAAUUUGUCUUCAACUGAGAAACGGUAAUGGCAUGUGAAUCAGAAACUAGCUUUCUCGCAGUCAUAAGGGUCACAAAUUCUUUCGCAUGUUGUGGUUCAGAAACAAGCUCAACCAAUAGUUAUCUUUAAAUAUAGAAGGUAAUUUUAAGCCUUCAACUGUCGAAAAUUUCGCAUAGUUUGGAGGUGAGAACAAAUUGACGAAACAAUUUCUACAAAAGAACUAUCGACCGCGCUAGAAUAACAGAACUUGCAUCUGUAGGACAAUAAAAUGAGGAAGAUAUCCUG